AUGGAAAAUUCGAAAGUUGCUAACAUAUUGAAUCGAUGGAGUGGAAGACCUUAUUCAGUUGAGAUUUUAGAAAAGAGGAAGAAGCUCGCAAUCUGGCAGCACAGAGAUCAGUUUUUGAAUGCUUUUAGGGCUAACCAAGUUUUGGCUCUUGUUGCUCAAACUGGUUCCGGAAAAUCCACACAGGUAAUUUCUCUCUAUUUUCUUGCUCUUCAUAUUAUGAAAGUUCCUGGAAGGUUACAUCCUGUGGAAAUUGUUUAUACAAGUGAUGAAGAAGUUGAUAGGAAUAAUUACUUGGAUGCUGUUACAAAGACUGUGGUGAAUAUACAUAGACAUGAACCUCCUGGAGAUGUACUUGUGUUUUUGAGUGAAGAGGGAGAGGUAGAAGAUGCAUGCAACAAAAUAUCAAAAGAAAUAUGUAAUCUAAAGAAUCUUGUGGGUCCUAUGAAACUGGUUCCACUAUAUUCUUGUCUACCAGCAACAAUGCAACACAAGAUUUUUGAACCAUGUUCUGGAAGAAAGAUUGUGGUAACAACAAAUAUAGUAGAAUCUUCCUUAUCAAUGGAUGGUAUUUCGUAUGUUGUUGACUCAGGAUUUGUUAAGAAAAAUGUUUUUGACAAUAAACUACGUAUGGAGUCUCUAGUAACGUCGACAAUAUCAAAAGCAAGUGCAAAUAUGAGAUCAGAGCAUGCUAGUAGAAGUACUAGUGAUGGACGAAGGGGGAAAUGUUUUCGGCUUUAUACAGAAGAAAGUUUCAACAAUAAUUUUGAUCUAGAGACAUGUCCUGAAAUUUGGAGAUUAAAUCUUUCCAACAUGAUUUUAUCUUUUUGGAAACCUGAUGUAUAUGAUUUUUUGUGUUUUGGUUAUGUUGACUUUCCUGAUGUUGAGAAUCUAGUGUGCGCUUUUGAAGAAUUGGCAUACUUGGGUGCAUUUGAUAGAGAUUGCAAGAUAACAAAUAUUGGUGAGGUUAUGAGUGUGUUUCCCUUGGAACCACGAAUGUCAAAGAUGCUGGUUAUUAGUCCUGAAUUCAAUUGUUCACAAGAGAUACUAUCAAUUUCUUCCAUGCUCUCAGUACCCAAUUGCUUUGUCGGAUCAAGAGAGGAACAAAAAGAAGUAAAAGUUAAGUUUCACAGCAUUCAUGGAGAUCAUCUCACAUUCUUGAACAUCUACCGCGCAUACAAACAAAAUAACGAGGAUCUCUCUUGGUGCAAUGAUAAUUUUAUUAGUUAUUGGACAUUAAAAGAAGCAGAUAAUAUUAGACAAGAGUUGGAAUAUAUCAUGAUGGCUAGAUUCAAAUUAGAUUUAUGUAGGAUUGACAUUAACAAUACUGUCAACAUAAGAAAGUCUAUUCUUGGUGGAUAUUUCAUGCACGUAGCACAUUUAGAUACUACUGGAAAUUACAUCACAUUGGAAGGAAAUAAGGUGGUGACUUUUCAUCAAUUAUCCAAUUGCUUGGAUGACAACAAGCCAGAAUGGGUCAUUUUUAAUGAGUUUCCGGCUACUGGUUGUGAUUUUAUUCAUAUAGUAACAACAAUACCUAAGGAUUGGUUGAUCGACUCAGCAGCUCCAUGGUCACUGUACUACAAAUUAUCAAAUUAUCCUAAUAGUGAAGCAAAGAGUACUAUUGUAUAUGCUUCUUAUGCAAGAAUGCUCAAGGAAAGAAAACUUACGGAUGGAAAGCUUGGAAAGCAUGCUAACAUCAGCACUUUCCAUCGCUUGUUACCUUAUCACAACAAUAGGAAAAGAAAAGAAAGACUUUAG